UUUUAUAUUUUCAAAAUUUUUUAGUCAUUUUAAAUAAUUCCAAGUUUUUACUAAUGCCUGCAAAACAACUAACACUUAUUGAAUUGUUUUCAAAAUCUGCUGGGAAGGAAAAUGUUGGAAAUAAACGUGUUGUGGCUUGCCGACCAACUGGGGAUUCUCCAGAACGAAAAAGGCUAUCAAGUUUUAAUUGCAACAUACUUCCUUCUAUAAAACUCAAUGUUGAAAAUAUUAAUUCAAACACAUCAACAACAUUUGAUAAUAUUCUUAAAGAACAAAAUCAACAAUCAUUAUUAUCAUCCCCGUUGCCAAAUGAACAAUUGGAUUCAAUUUUUUGUACUUUAGUAGAACCUGAAUGGAGGAAAUUGUUAACAUCAGAAUUAAAAAAGGAAUAUAUCAAAUCAAUUCAUCAAUUUUUGAUUAGCCAAUAUGAAAAGGGUACCGAUAUUUUUCCGCCUCGUUCUCUUAUAUUUAACGCUUUCAACUUGACACCUUUUAAUGAAAUUAAAGUUGUUUUGCUUGGCCAAGAUCCUUACCACAACGUGUCUCAAGCGCAUGGACUUUGUUUCUCUGUUCCGCAGGGAACGGCGCCUCCUCCAUCUCUCAAAAAUAUUUAUAAAGAGCUUUCCUCAGAAUUCCCAGACUUUAAAAUUCCAAUUCAUGGAGAAUUAACUUGCUGGGCCAAACAAGGAAUUUUUAUGCUUAAUGCUACUUUAACUGUCGAAGCACAUAAACCAAAUUCACAUUCCAACAUUGGCUGGCAAAUAUUUACCGAUUCAGUUAUUAAAUGAAUUAGUUCAAAAUCAAGUAAUGGAGUGGUGUUUUUACUUUGGGGUGGGUUUGCGCAUCGAAAGGAAAAGUUGGUUGAUAAAAGUCGUCAUCGAGUUAUUAAGGUAAUUUUAAAUAUUUUAAGUUUGCAACUUGGUUUUGAGUUUGUUUUUGAUUUAUUUUUAAGUUUC